GCUGGUCAACGCCAGUCAACAGUGUCAACACGGCCGACCGGGUCGACGUCAGAUUCAACAUGGGCUUGAGACUUGAGAGGGAGAGCGUCCUGUGAAUAUCAAUGGAUAUCGGAGAGAGAAGAAUGGAUCUUCCAUCCUUGCGAGGAAGAAACACUUGUCGACCCGCGUAGCACUGCACCCGCUUAGCACUUAGUAGCGGCAGUAGUACAGUACAGUGCAGCACCAUGCAAAAUGGCCGACCAGAGGACUGUCAAACAAGUGACUAUCGACAGUGUCGACUGAAGUGACGCAAUUAGAAUCGAGAUCGCCUUGUUUGGCUUGUUUCGCUUUGACGCUGUGGGAGAUCUUGACAGGCGUAACACGAUUUACACGAUACUACGAGCGACUACAGGACAGUACAGGAGCGGCGAUCUCCGCUCAAGGAAAUUGAGAAAGGAUUCUCAGGUAACCUGUCCUUCCGCUCGUCGACCUCAUCCGCCGGUAUCGAAGUGUGAAUCGAGAAUGGCGGCUCCCGAAGCAAUCCAGGUUAGCUCCCUGCCGUUGCCGCCCGUUCAAUACAUCAAUCUCUAUACGGAUGAGAAUGUACGGCGUGGACGAGCCCCGCGACCGCCGCCGCCGAUCCAUGACACCUACUCCAUGUUUAGCAACAUGUUCAACGCCGAUGACACUAUCAUUAGGCCGCUCGAGGCCCAGGGCAUCAAGAGGUUAUACCCGCAACACUUUGAUCGUCGACGCGAGUUGAAGAAGCUCAAUCACUCAUUGCUCGUCAAUUUCCUCGAUCUGAUAGAUCUUCUUGUUCAGUGCCCCGACAGUCCAAGACGCGCGGAGAAAGUCGAGGAUCUUAGUCUAUUAUUCAUUCACAUUCAUCACCUGCUAAAUGAAUUUCGACCGCAUCAAGCCAGGGAAACGUUGCGAGUUAUGAUGGAAUUACAGCGUAGACAACGUCAUGAAACAGCAUUGCGUUUCCAGAAACACCUCGAAAAGGUUCAAGAAAUAUUGCAGCAUGCCUUACAGAUGCUUCCCGAUACAUCAGAAUUGGACUCCAAGCUUGCGAUAAACACAGAUGCUAUGGAAUCCGUAGACAAUUUAGGCUUCGAACAACAAACGCAGGAUCCUUGUAGUUCAAGUGAUCGUAUUAUGUGCAAAGUGAUAGAUGAUAUGCUUUCCUCGAAUGGACUGUUUUAAGGUAUCGCUCUUUAUUCUCCAAUGUGCAAAUUAAUCUAUCAAGGAAUAUUCUGAAAUAAUUGUACAUAAUACACAACAGUAAUAUAAUGAUGUGCUUUUGAAAA